GCAUGUUCUGGGGGAGACCUUGAACAAAAUGGAACUAAGCCCUUGUUCUCAUGGAGCUUUUUUUUUUUUUUGGCAAUACUGAGUAGGUAGCUGGAUAUCUGAGUCUGGAGAGACAGUCAGUAAACAAGUACAAGUAAAGGUUAAGUAAGGGCCAUGAAGGAAAGAUGGUCUGAAAGGGGACAUCUGGCCAGAGACUGAAUGAAACGAAGGAACAAGCCACACUUCUAUUUGGGGGACGAGCUUUAUAGGUGGAGGAAACAGGAAGUACCAAGGCCCUGUGGCAGGAGACUUGAGGAAAGGAAGGAACUCUGUGUGGCUGGUGUGCAAUGGACAAGAGGAGAUACGGUUAGAGAGGUGGUCAGGGUCCACAUUCUGGGACUUCGUAGGCCUACGUCUAAGCUAAGGGAAGAAAGGAGUGGAAAAUGAAUGAGUGAGCUUGUCAUGCUGCCUAGAACGCAGGCAUCAUGGACAAAUCUAAAGAAAACGGCAUUUCAGGGCUGGUUAAGACUACAAUUCCAUCUGGUGAUGGUCCAAAACGUGUUUUGGUGACUCAGCAAUUUCCUUCUCAGUAUCCGUUACCUGCAAAUAGUGGCCAGGCUCAACGGAUCUUGUGUCCUUCGAAUUCCUCCCAGCAAGUUCCUUCAAAAGCACAAAAGCUUGUUUCCAGCCAUAAACCGGUUCUGAAUCUGAAGCAGAAGCAGUUGCAGGCAACCAGUGGCCCUUGCCCUGUGUCGAGACCACUGAAUAAUACGCAAAAGAGUGAGCAGCCCCAGCCACCAGCCCCUGGAAAGAAUUCUGAAAAGGAAGUGGCUUCAAAACAGAAAAACGAAGAAUCAAAAAAAAGGCAAUGGACCUUGGAAGAUUUUGAAAUUGGUCGCCCUCUGGGUAAAGGAAAGUUUGGAAAUGUGUACCUGGCGAGGGAAAAACAGAGCAAGUUCAUCCUGGCUCUGAAAGUCUUAUUCAAAGCCCAGCUGGAGAAAGCAGGCGUGGAGCAUCAGAUAAGAAGAGAAGUAGAGAUACAGUCCCACCUUAGGCAUCCAAACAUUCUCAGGCUGUAUGGUUAUUUCCACGAUGCCACCAGAGUGUACCUAAUUUUGGAAUACGCACCUCUUGGAACUGUCUAUAGAGAACUUCAGAAACUGUCCAGGUUUGAUGAGCAGAGAACUGCUACUUAUAUCACAGAGUUGACAAAUGCCCUGUCAUACUGCCACUCAAAGAGAGUUAUUCACAGAGACAUCAAGCCAGAGAAUCUGCUCCUUGGAUCAACCGGAGAGCUUAAGAUUGCAGAUUUUGGGUGGUCUGUACAUGCCCCAUCCUCCAGGAGAACCACCCUCUGUGGCACCCUGGACUACCUGCCCCCGGAGAUGAUCGAAGGCCGAAUGCACGAUGAGAAGGUGGAUCUCUGGAGCCUCGGAGUUCUUUGCUAUGAAUUUUUGGUUGGGAAGCCUCCUUUUGAGGCAAGCACAUACCAAGAGACCUACAAAAGAAUAUCUCGGGUUGAAUUCACAUUCCCUGACUUUGUACGAGAGGGGGCCAGGGACCUGAUUUCAAGACUGUUGAUGCAUAACCCCAACCAAAGGCUGACCCUGAAAGAAGUACUGGAACACCCCUGGAUCACAGCAAACUCCUCAAAACCAUCAAGUAGCCAAAAAUCCAAAGAAUCAACCAGCAAGCAAUCUUAAGACUCUUGCAGGGGGAGAGCCUCUGAGCCAGGGCUGCUGUGUCAGUGGUCAGAACACACUCCUGACAUAAUCUACUACCGACUGCCUGCUCGCAAUCCGCAGCGCUAGGGAAAAGUAUAGAAGGUUCCACUUCAAUAAACGUGACACGGAUGCGCAAGUAGCCAUGAGAAUCGUGCUCACUUCACUGGUUUUAUCCUCCAGAGGUAAGGUGCAAGUGCCGCCGCCCUGCAGCCCGUGUGGACUAAGGGUCCUUGUGGAAGGUGAACUCCGAGUUGGCUGUGGGCAGAGUGGCCCCUUUGUCCUGACCCGAUCAGUUCAGGAGCUGUGCAAUAACCUCCCAGGUACCUGCGUGGUGUGUAACCUCCUGGGUGGCCACACCUGGUAAAGUUGUCAGAAUGAAUAUGUGAUUCUUUUAAAUGUUAAAAUAAAGAGAUGUGCAUAGA